AUGGCGACGGCAAGCCUCACCCAGCUGCUGGCGAGGUUCGCUUGCGACCUCGCUGCCACUAGCGAAGGCUCGAGCCCUCGCCAACGGCUGGCUUCAAUUGUCUUGCUGAUUAUUUUCUUCAAGGACCCAAAAACCAAAAAUCUUCCAAAAGGGUCUCUUGGGUUCCCUAUAAUCGGAGAAACCCUAAGUUUUCUAAAAGCUCAAAGAAAGGAGCAAGGCGCAAAAUGGGUAGAUGAGAGAAUUUCCGAGUACGGUUCCGUAUUCAAAACCUCUUUAAUGGGCUCGCCGACGGUCGUCAUCAUCGGUCAGGCCGCUUCGAUCAUCUUGCUGAUCAUUUUCUCAAAGGACCGAAAAUACAAAAAGCUUCCAAAAGGGUCUCUUGGGUUCCCGGUGAUCGGAGAAACCCUCAGUUUUUUGAAAGCGCAGAGGAGGGAGCAAGGCGCAAAAUGGGUAGAGAAGAGGAUUUCCAAGUACGGUUCCGUGUUCAAGACCUCUCUAAUGGGUUCGCCGAUGGUCAUCAUUGUCGGCCAGGCCGGAAACAAGUUCAUACUCACUAUGGAUAAUGAAGUCCUCGCAUCUAAACAGCCCCGCACAAUCCAAAAAAUCGGCGGCAAAAACAAUCUUUUCGAACUCACUGGAUUCAGGUACGAAUUAGUAAGGGGGGCGAUGGUUAGCUUCUUGAAACCAGAAAGCCUUCAAAGCUAUGUUAAGAGAAUGGACGACAUAGUCAGAAACCUAAUUCUCGAAGAAACCAGACAGAGAGACACCAUCAAGGCCGUCAUCUUCAUGAAGAAGCUCACUUUCAACGUAACGUGCGACAUUCUCUUCGGCAUCGAGGAUGAGCUCACCAAGGAGGAACUCUUCGAGGAUUUCGGUCUUGCCUUCAAGGCCAUCUGGUCUCUCCCACUGAAUUUCCCUGGCACCGUCUUUCGGAAGGGGCUUCAAGCUAGGUCGAGGAUCGUGGACCGCUUGUUGCCAAUAUUGAGGAAGAGGAAGGAGGAGAUUUCGGCAGGAACGUUGGAUCCUAAGAGCGACGUGAUAAGCUGCUUGCUAGCGUUGAGGGAUGAGAAUCAAGAACACAUCGAUGAAGAGACGAUCAUGGACAAUAUCAUCAUGUUGAUGAUAGCGAGUCACGAUACUUCGGCGACCCUUUUGUGCUUCAUGAUAUGGAAGCUUGCGAGAGAUCCCGAGGUCCACAGAAAAGUCCUGGAAGAACACGAAGAACUUUUGAAGGGAAGAGAGAAAAGAGCAGGACUUAGCUGGGGCGACAUACAAAAGAUGAGAUACACAUGGAGGGUUGCUCAAGAGUUGAUGAGGCUCAUCCCUAUUGCGUUUGGAGGCUUUAGAAAAGCACUCAAAGACAUUAGCUUCGGUGGCUACGACAUUCCCAAAGGCUGGCAGGUAUAUUGGGUAGCAUGCGGGACGCAUAUGAAUAGCGACAUAUUCGAGAGACCGAGCGAGUUCGAACCGUCUCGCUUCGAGAGCCCGUCGAGGCCGAUCCCGCCCUUCACCUACUUGCCGUUUGGGGGUGGAAACCGGAUGUGCAUCGGCAACGAGUUUGCGAGAGUGGAGGCGCUCACGGUGGUGCACAACCUGGUGACGGGGUACGAGUGGUCGCAAUUGCACCCGGAGGAGACCAUCACUCGCCAACCCAGUCCUUAUCCCUCCAUGGGCCUGCCGAUCAAGAUCAGGCCCAGAAAGAGCUCCUAA